AUGGCCUCCAUUGCUAUGCCCCCACCAUCUUUGGCUCAUCGACGUCCCAAGUCUGCGUCAUGUUCUCGUAAAAUGCAACUUCCCAAAGCCGCUACCUUCCAGCAACCAUCCUCACCAUCUGCUGCAGACGACCCUGUGCUCUCUGUCCCUCAUCUCAGUAAGAGAACUACAACCUACACGCGCUCAUCCUUCGCCAGCUGGCUCUACAGUGGACGUGAAGCUGCCGCAGACGCUCUUGCAGACUUUGAACAAACGUUCUCAGGCGCUCGUGGUACGCGACCAGCUACUCGUCGUCGCUCAGCUCGUGAUCGUGAGGACAGUCUAUUAGCUAAGGCUCAACAUCGCCCGUCGUCACCCGUCGACUCCGGUAUUGGUUCCUCCAUAGGCUCACCCUCUGAGAAAAACCUGAGCAACUCUUUAGAGAAGGCUCUAGACCUGGUGUCCAAUAAGGACAGCGCUCUUGGUGAAUCAGUUUCAGCAUCAGUCGUGGGAUCAAGCGAGUUAUUUGUUCAAGACGCUAACUCUACCAAAGUCGUCCGUCACCGCAGGUCCUCAAUCGAGUCCCUCAAGAUCAUCAGAUAUCCACUUCCGUCCAACAAAAAAGAUACACAACCUCUGCUCGGCCACUUUGCUCGACGACAACUAUACAAGAGACUCUUUGCUCCCCUUCUUCAAGAAGCUCGAUUUGAAGAGUUCCAUCCCAUUGUCGCUGGUGCAAGAAAGAACAAAAACCUUAGAUGUCUUCGGGACAUUGAACAAUCGUUGAUCAAUCAACCUGUGACACUUGUCGUCACACCCGCAAAGUACAGAGCCUUUGGCGAGCUCACAGUUCAGCUCGUCGUCGAUACCUACCAACAUCUCUCCGAGCUUGAACAACGACGAGCAACUGAUCGCGCCUACGACAACGGAUACUUCCUUGACUUGGUUCAACAAGUCCAGCAACUUGCUGCACACAUUGGCAGCUCAAAUACUUCGGUCGAGGACGGCUCUGCUCCGACUGUCGACGACGAGAUUACCUUGGAAGGCGGCCUAGCAGAAUCCGGUAACCUUGCAGAACUUGUGCGGUGGAAGAACGGAGAGGGUAUCUCUCUACGUACUGGUCUGCCUUACGUUCCAAUGGCGGGCAUGAAAAGAUCAGCUUCAGGCAUGGAUGAGGCUAAUGCUGACCUCUCCAUGGCUCGAAGGAAGAAGGGUGUCGAAUACCAGGUCCAACACCUACCUUGCUCCAUCGAAGACUGCGAAAAGGUCUUCACUCGCCAGUGCGACUUGUCCAAGCACGAGAAGACUCACAGUCGUCCUUUCAAAUGCGACGAGCCGGGAUGCAAGUAUGUCACACAUGGGUUGCCAACCCUGAAAGAGCUGGAGCGCCAUAAGAACGACAAACACAAUGGCAAGGCCACCAUGUACAAAUGCCAUUACUGCGAGUUCAACACAAAACGUGAGAGCAACUGCAAACAACACAUGGAGAAAAAGCACGGCUGGAACUACCAACGAUCAAAAGGCAAAGACAAGGCCGUUGAGCUUACUCCUGCUGCCACUCCUCAUACACAGGCCGCAGGAUAUGGAUCCGUGCUACCCAGCCCUGUCAGCCACACCAUGUCAUGGGACAACCAUAGCCCAUCGACUAACAGCAUACAUGGAUCACCAUAUCAACAGCCUGUUCACAAUCUGAGUCCUGCUGGCCAACUGUAUCCAAAUACCCUGUUCCCGCAUCGCAGCUUCGGUCAAUCUGCCCAGCUGCAACUCGAUACAGGCUUUGGUGUGGAUGCAUUCACCGCUGGUGCUUAUCCUACACCCUCGACUGGUGUUCCACAUAACUUUACUACACCACGAACGCCUGCUUACAGCAACAUCACUGCUUCUCCAGCAAAUGUCGUAAUGCAUGGCGUUUACAACAAUCAGUUUGUCCAGCCAGACAUUCCGACUCCAGAAUCAUCACAAUCUCGACACCUUUCCAACCCACCUGAGGUCAUGAUGAACGGCUUCGACACCUCUAUGGGGUUCGAGAGUAACAUGGACAUGGAUUACGCUAUUGUUGAUGACGGCUUUGGUAUGCCUCAGGGUGAUUUUAACCUCUUCGAUACCACAAACCCCUCUGCCUUUACCCAUAAUGGAGCUGGAGAUCUUACAUUGUUCCCGACUCAGCCGCAGAUGCAGAUGCAGAUGCAUUCGGUUGACACGCAUUUCUCCGAGUCUCAAUUUGAAGUCUUCAAUGAUAAUUCAUGGUUCGAAAACAACAUGUCUCAGGAAAUUGACGAUCUCCUCAUGGAGAACCCACAAUAG